AUGGCGAGUGGCUUGGCUGGCAAGGUGCGUCGCAGCACCGAGUCGGAUGAGUUUGACCUCAGCGGCUAUGACCAGGCUCGUUGCAAUGAGUUGGCCAAAGCCUGUUUCGGUGAGCCCUUUCCGCUGAAGGAGAUGGUGAGAAUUUCCUUCGUCGUGGGCGGUGGCAAGUUGGUGCGACAGAAAUACUCAGAUGAUUUGCCCAAGUUUAUGGUCAAUGCCCUGGGAGCCAUCGGAUUCCAGGAGGACAAUAGCGCCACCGUGGAGGCGGGAAGUGCCGGAAAGUUCAAGUAUCAUCACGAUACGAACAAGAACCUGAAGUUUGUGCAUGUCUUUCCAAAGAUUGCUGAGGCGCCCGCACCCGAGCAGCAAGCUGAUGAGGGCCUGGCGGGCCCCCGUGUGUUGAAGACACCGGAGGAGCUUCUGCUGGAGAGUGAAGAAGCAGAUUUCACUCGCUUCCUGCAGACACACCUGGUGACCUAUGCACAGAAGCGAAAAGCCUUGGAACUUCUGAAGCAGCGCAUCGCGGUGCUGGAGGAGAUCGAGCUGAAGCUUUCGCGGCUGGAACGCCUCAGUGAUGAGGAGCAAGAACUCUUCGAAGGCAUCGGCUCAGAGGACCUACGGCAAAAGGUGAAGCAGGUGAAUCUGGAGCUGCAAGCGAUGGUGGAAGCGAAUCGUCUCAGCAGUGCUGAAAAGAGCGACUGCCUCGAAGAGUUGGAGUCGAAAAUGGCUCAAGUGCAAGAGGAGAUCGCCAAGGCCGAGGCUGAAGGAAAGGCCAAGAAAGUACAGGCCCUGGCGAAGCCGUUGGAAGUGUUAAAAAGUACCCACCUGCAGGUGAAGGCGGCAGAUCCAGUCAGCCUGCCUCCGCUGAAGAAUGGGGACAAGAUCCGACAACUUCGACAAAAGUUAGGGGAACUGGAGAGGUUGGAGAAGGCUACCAAGACAAAAGGACACGCAUCCAUUGAUGAGCUGAAGAGGCUCGGCGAGCGCCCCGAGUUGGAAGAAGCGGCGCUGGAGUUGGAACGUCGUGCCCGUGGCUGGCUGGAAAGCGACGAGGUCUUUGAACAGCGACUGGAAGCAAAUCUGCGCGUCGGCAGAGCAGCGCCGCGUGGUGCUGGUGGUUACAACGUUGUGAGUGGAGGAAUUCCAUCUUUGGCGUAUCGCUUUACCCCAGCUUCGCGCUCGGGCCGAUUACGGCGAUGUACAGCUGCGUUGGAUAGCCCAAGGAAGAAAAGGUCGCAGAUCGAUUUGAAAAACGGGCGUUCGGGCGGGGGAAUGCGCGUUGAUGUGGCGAUGGAAACGCUGGACGACGAUGAAAAGACAGAUGAAGACGAAGUGUUGCACGAAUGUGAUGUCUACUUGAAUCGCAUGUACGAUCCUCCCGAUUUCGUGGGCGACAUGUACCUGCUGCAGUAUCCCCUGCGGCCCAGCUAUCGACCCUAUGGAGAUCAAGGCUACCUGGAUCGGGUGGAAUUGAAACCCAAGUCCCGAAGGCUGCGCUUCGUGUACAAAUUGAAUCAGAAUGAACACUACGCGGAGGAGGAUGUCCACGAUGAGAAGUACGAGCAGCGGCAUACUUUGAGCUCCACAGUGGUGGCCAAUCCCGCGUGCAGCUACGCCAUCGGCGUAAUCCGCCAAGGGCGCUUGACCUUGACGCCCGUGCGGGCGGUGAACCAGUUGCGUCCUGACUUUGAAGAUUUCGAGAAGUUGUGCAAGCAGAUUGCCUCCACGCCCGGCUUGAGCGACGUUGGCGACGCCAAGGGCGACGAGAAAAAGGGCGACGCCAACUCGGAGAGUGGCGGGGAGGAGCCGUCGGAGAUGAUCGAUUUCAACCCGGUGCGGGUGGAAUACCACGCGAAGGGAGAGAAGGAAGUUAUCGCUCAGCCCGAUGUGGGAGACGUUUGGAAGAGGUUGGAUUUCUUCGAUCAAACCUCUCCAGAAGCUUCGGAUAUUUACCUGCAACACAUUGUCUUUGCUGCGAAUGAAGCAUCAGAAGCAGAGAAGCAGGGGUUGACAUCUCAAGAUCCCAAGUUGCAAGACUUGGAUCUUGAUGGUGAUCACAUCAGCUACGUCCGUGGGCUCUGUGGCCAGGCGGAGACCCGGAACAAGUUGCGGCUGCUGCGACAGAAGGCGCAUCAAGCGCAGAACUCGGGGCUGCACCUGGGAUUUUUGGUCGGAGGAUUGGGAGCUGACUGGGACAAAUUGGAGAUACAAUAUAUGACACAACUACUGAUAGAUAUCUACUCAUAUAUUAAGAACAAUGAAUAUAGAUAUCUACUAACCAUCCAAGACUGA